AGAGUUAACGUUAACUUCGCGGUGGCAACAAGUCAAGAAGAUCGACAACACUUUGGUGCACAGUAGUGGGGCGACUGUUUCGAACUUUGUAAACAAACUAGAGACAAACAAAUCGUAAAAAGUGCAAAUAGAAACGCGCUUAACAACAAUAGGAACAAAAAUCACAUCUUAAAUUGAUUCCACAUCGACAACGUGACAGCAUUGCAAAAUGAACGCCAAAGAGUUUCGGGAGUUUGGCAAAGCUGCCGUUGACUUCGUCGCCGACUAUCUGGAGAAUAUUCGCGAAAAUGAUAUACUGCCCUCCGUCGAGCCCGGCUACCUUUUGCCACUGCUGCCCAAGAAGAUGCCCGAGACACCCGAAGCUUGGCCAGAGAUUCUAACGGACAUCAAUCGCGUGAUAAAGCCAGGCAUCACCCACUGGCAGUCACCCAACAUGCAUGCCUACUUUCCCACCUGUAUUUCCUAUCCAUCUUUAGUGGGCGAACUCAUAGCCACCGGAUACGGCAUCGUUGGCUUCAGUUGGAUCUGCAGUCCUGCAUGCACUGAGCUCGAAAUGGUCGUCAUGGACUGGCUGGCCAAAUUCUUGCAUUUACCUAAACAUUUUUUGCACGAGGACGAUGGUCCAGGCGGUGGCGUGAUUCAGGGAUCCGCCAGCGAGUCUGUCCUUGUAGCUGUCCUGGCGGCCCGCGAACAGGCCGUACGCAAGGAACGCGAAAACCACCCGGAGAUGAGUGAGAGCGAUAUACGCGGCAAAUUGAUUGCCUACUCCUCUGAUCAGAGCAACAGUUGCAUAGAGAAGGCAGGCCUGUUGGCAGCCAUACGCAUGAAACUGCUGCCCGCCGAUGAAGAUCUCAUCUUUCGUGGCGCAACGCUACAGAAAGCAAUUGAGAAGGAUGUGGCUGCCGGUUUGAUACCAGUCAUAUGUAUAGCCACGCUGGGAACAACGGGUACAUGCGCCUACGAUGACAUCGAAUCGUUGGCCAGCAUCUGUGAGCAGUAUCAGGUGUGGCUGCAUGUGGAUGCAGCCUACGCAGGCGGCGCCUUUGCUCUGGAUGAGUGCGCCGAACUGCGUCGAGGCUUGGAUCGUGUGGACUCACUGAACUUUAACUUACACAAGUUUAUGCAGGUCAGCUUUGACUGUGCGGCGAUGUGGGUGCGCGAUGCCAACAAUGUGGUGGACAGUUUCAAUGUGGAUCGCAUCUAUCUAAAACACAAGCAUGAUGACCAGACAAAGAUCCCUGAUUUCCGCCACUGGCAGAUCCCUCUCGGUCGGCGUUUUCGCGCCCUCAAAGUAUGGAUAACAUUCCGCACGCUAGGCGCUGAGGGUCUUCGUGCCACAAUGCGCAAGCACAUCGAUUUGGCUAUCCAGUUUGAGAGGGCGGUUAAGGCAGAUAAGCGCUUCGAGGUGGUGGCACCACGUGCCUUGGGAUUGGUUUGCUUUCGUGCGAAGGGCGACAAUGAGAUCACGGCACAGCUUCAGCAUCGUCUGAUGGAGCGCAAGAAGAUUUACAUGGUCAAGGCGGAGCAUUGUGGUCGGCUGUUUCUGCGUUUUUCCAUAUGCGGCAUGGAUCCUAAGCCAUCAGACAUUGAGUUUGCCUGGACGGAGAUUGAGACACAAUUGACAGCAAUCUGUGCCGAGGAUCAGGUGAAUGCUCGAAAGGCUGGAGAUAUAACCGACCUAUCGCAUCAUCUAACUGGACUACAGCUAACGAAUGAAACUUUGCGCCGCUAGUUCAAAACUACUCCAACUUCAACAUUCAAACUUACUUAUGUAGACAAUAUUUAUGCUUAAUUUAAUUUUAGUUGGUCUGAUCGUUGGCAAUGUAGCAAAAAGUUAAGGUUUAAUAAAUGGAUAAAAAUAUAAUUAUAAAUAAAUGAGCAUACUCUGAUUUUGGAAA